AUUACAAACCUCGCUUGCGUGCUGUCACGACGCGGUAACGACCGAUACAGCGAGGGAGAGUCCUUAGGACUUUACGUUUAUGUGACCGGGAUUCAAUGCUUGAUGACAAGUUCCCGAAAAAUUGGUCCGUCGUUCAGACGACGACAGGCACACAUGGUUGAAGACGUGAGUAUAUAUAGACCAAGGCAUCGUCGGCUUUCAGACUAUCCAACACAUCGCAUCUAAAUAUCUCAUCUCCAGACACAUCAGAUAUAUUACAGAUCAUCUCUUGUUCGUACUUGCACAUUACUUUCUGACUUUCUACACGACCGAUUCCGCGAUGUCCGAACAACGCAACAUUGUCAUUAUUGGCGCAUCGGCCGCGGGCCUACAGGCAACCCAUUACAUCCUGAAGCACAUUCUACCCGCUCUCAAGGCAAGGAACGACGCCAAGUAUCAUGUCUACAACAUCUCGCCAUCUGCACAGUGGUACUUCAGGAUCGCCUCCCCACGAGUGGCAGCUUCCACUGGGCGCAUGUCGACCGACAAAGUCAUGUUUGAACUGCAUGAGGGCUUCAAACAAUACGCCAGAGACGAUUUUACAUUCAUUGAAGCCUCUGCUACGGGCCUAGAGCCAUCAUCGCGACGUGUCUUGUUUCGCAGCAACAAGGGACAAGAAGACGAGUCGUUGACGUACCACGCCCUUGUUGUGGCAACCGGAAGCAAGACUUAUUUCCAAGCUUUCUCCAUGAGCGCCGAUGCUCAAAGCACUCUGAACGCGAUCAGCUCAACAAAUGAACAGAUCGCAUCGGCAAAGAAGAUUGUUAUCGUUGGUGGAGGUCCAACGGGCGUAGAAUUCGCGGGUGAAGUUGCUGAGCAUCGCAACGGCAAGCCAGGAUGGUUCAGCAAGGUGCAGCAGAAAGUCGACGUUACCCUGAUCACAUCGGACAAGCAACUUCUUCCCGGUCUCCGCCCUGCAAUCGCCAGAAUUGCAGAGCAGAAACUCAGAGCGCUCGGGGUGGAGGUUGUCUACAACACGCGAGUAGUCGAUUCAACGCAGACAAAAGAUGGCCGCACGACGCUGACCCUCAAGGACGGUGGCAAGCUUGAAGCAGACCUCUACGUUCCCGCUUACGGUGUUGAACCAAACUCGUCGUGGCUGCCAGAUGAAUUGCUCAAUGACAAGGGCUACCUCGUGACGAACGAUUCCACCCUUCGCGUCGACAUUGCAGGGCCCCGCGUCUACGGCUUCGGUGACAUUGCAUCAUAUUCGCGCAACAACGCUUGGGAUAUUAUCCAGGCUCUACCUGCCCUGGCCACCAACAUCAAGCGCGACCUGCUCUCUUACAACCCCAUGCUUCCAGAGGCCAAGCCCAAGGGCAAGGACAGAGUGUACACGGCUGACACGAGGGAGUCUAUGGUUGUUCCCAUCGGCAGCGGCGGCGGUGUUGGGGCUGUUAUGGGGUGGAAGGUACCUUCGUUCUUCGUAUGGCUGCUGAAGGGGAGGGAUUACAUGUUGGGGAUGAGUGGGCUGCCGACGCUGAAUGGGGGGAAAGUUGAGAAGGAGGUCAAGUGGACGAAGGAGGAGGCUGCGAUCUGAAUUUGACUGUUUGUAUAGUGGAUGUUCCCAUGUUUCAUAGUUUGCGCUAUAUCCGUGUCCUUUGCAGUUGUAGAAUCGAGGUAAUGUUAAUAAUACAUGUUAUCACAUGUGCA